CUGCGUUGGUUUUUCUCGUGCUGCUGCUCCAUCCCUUCUGCUGCUGCUUCUCCACCGUCUCACGCCCCUGCUGCCGCACAUACGCUCAGGGAGGUUGCUUUUCUUCUAUCUCUCCGUCGAAAACCUGCUCAGGUAUAUCUCCCAGUUUCUAGUCCAGCGUCGUCUUCUAGUUUCAUAAUUUGUUCAUCUUCAGGUCAGAUGUUUCUAUUUUAUUCUGACCGGUCCGUUAAGUCGUAUGAUUUCACUGGUUUGUGAUCUCGGGGUGGAUCUGCAGUUCACUGGCAUUCCAUCUUGGGGUGGAUCUGGAUUUCUUUUUUGCUUUAGAAAAGAGGGUCAACCCCCAGCCUGGUGGAUCCGACGGCUGUAACCGAAGUUAAUUAACUCUGAAUUUUCGAACUGCCAAUCAAUUCAGUUGACGGUGAGAGAGACAAGAUAAAGCAGGCCUCAAAGAAGAGCACCCACAACGCCACGGGUGCAUGUGGCAUAUGCUUCUAGUUCCGGAUUAAUGGCGGCAACUGAAGUCGUUUCAGCCACUCCAAACUCGCCUUUCAAGUGAAUCAUUCUUUUAGUUGAGGUGCAGCGCAAUUAUACUAGAGAACCAAGAUAGAUCCUUGUCUAGCCAGCUAUGUCUGGAAUAAUUGUGAGCGCUUCAAUUGGGGUGAUGAACCGUCUCCUUCGUAAUCUCGCAACCUUGAUGGGGGAGGAGUUUGCCAAGCUAAAGAACUUGAGGAAGGAGGUUAAGUACAUUAGCGAUGAGCUUAGCAGCAUGAGGGAUGCGCUAGAGAGCCUUGCAGAUGUGGAUGAGCUAGAUAUACAGACCACAAGGUGGAGGGAUGCGGUCCGGGAGAUGUCUUAUGACAUCGAGGAUAUUAUUGAUGACUUCAUGUGCAAAAUUGGCGAGAAAAGCAGAAAAUCUGGGUUUGUUCAUGACACCAUUCAACGCCUGAGAACUUCGAGAGCUCGCCAUCAGAUUGCUGGCCAAAUUGAGGACAUCAAGAAACUUGUGCAUGAAACAAGUGAACGGCGUGAAAGAUAUAAGGUUGUUGUCCCCACAUUGGGCAAUGUGGCAAUUGACCAACGAGUCCUUGCACUGUAUGCAGAUGCAACUAAACUUGUUGGUAUGGAGGGCCCUACUAACAAGCUUGUUAGAUGGCUAAAAGAUGAGGAGAAGCAGUUGAAGGUUGUGUCAAUUGUUGGUUUUGGAGGUUUAGGCAAAACAACACUUGCCAAUGAGGUAUACCAUAAGCUGAAGAGGGAAUUUCAUUGUGGUGCAUUUGUGUCAGUGUCUCAAAAGCCAAAUAUUCCAAAACUUCUUCAUAGUUUAUUAACCCAACUUGGUUGUCAACAAUCUUUUCUUGACUGUGAGUUAAAUGUUCUUGUUGACCAACUCAAAGAACAUCUAAAAAGCAAGAGGUACAUUAUUAUCAUUGAUGAUCUAUGGGAUGUUUCAGCAUGGAGUAUUAUCAAAUGUGCUUUUCUAGAAAAUAAUCUCAGUAGUAGACUAAUAGUGACUACAAGGAUCAAGAAUGUGGCAGAGGCAUGUUGUUUCGGUCAUCAUGAGCACAUUCUAGAACUGAAACCUCUUAGUGAAGAAGACUCGAGUAAAUUGUUUUUUGAUAGGAUAUUUUGCUCCGAAGAAGCUUGUCCAGGUCAACUCAGAGAUGUUUCAGUUGAGAUUCUCAAGAAAUGUGGUGGCGUGCCACUUGCAAUCAUUAGCAUAUCCAGCCUAUUAGCAAGUGGAAGUUCUGACCAAAAGGAGAGCUGGAAACAUGUACAUAAUUCUUUGGGGUCAGUUUCGGGCACAAAUCUCACUUUGGAAGCAAUGAGAGAGAUCUUGAACCUUAGCUACAAAAAUCUUCCUCACCACCUCAAGACAUGCUUCUUGUAUCUUGGUAUGUUUCCAGAGGACUAUACAAUAUAUAAGUCUGAUUUGUUAAGUCUAUGGAUAUCCGAAGGAUUUAUUAGUAAAUCACAUGGACAAGGCCCAAAACCGACUGCGCUAAGUUGUUUCAAUGAGCUUGUCAACAGGAGCCUCAUUCAACCUACAUGGAUUGACAGGGAUGGGUCAGUGACAACUUGCAAAGUACAUGAUAUGUUGUUGGAUCUUAUCUUGUACAUGUCCACAGAAGAGAAUUUUAUCACUGUAAUAGACAACCCAGAGGCAAUUACAGGACUGCUUCGAAUGCCCCGUCGGAUGCUCUUCAACUUGGCUGGUGCAACAUUGCCGGGGGACUUUAGUAUGUCACAAGUGCGAUCAUUUGCAGUGUGGAGAGGCUCCAUGAGUAUACCUUCAUUCUCAUAUUUCAAGUAUCUUCGGGUUUUUGUUGCUGACUUUAGUUCCAGUUCUCUUGGCUCUGUUGACGAAAACCCAAAAAUCGACCUAACAGGAUUGUGUAAGUUAUAUCAGUUGCGACAUAUACAGAUUAAGGGUUGGGAUAAGUGCCAGCUACCAGCGCAGGUUAGAGGGCUAAAAAAGUUGGAAAUAUUUUAUAUAGAUGGGUCUUGUAUCCCAAUGGAUAUUUUUCACCUGCCACGCUUGUUGGAUCUCCAUGUUCCAUUUGUUAAAAGGCUACCGGAGGGCAUUGGCAAAGUGACAUCCUUACAACAUCUGAAUCAGUUUGACCCGCUGCACAAUUCACUUGACAGUAUCAAGGGCCUAGGAGAGCUCACCAAUCUGAGCACUCUAUCUCUCAGAACUAGGUUUUCUGAAGACAUGGACAUGGAUAUUCUAAACUCUUCUUUGGCAAAACUUUGUAACCUCGAGUUGCUGAACAUAUUUUCACUUAAUUCUUGGAUACCUGAGGCACUAACCUUGUCGCCUCCUCCCCCCAACCUUGUGACACUCUACAUGAUGAAAAGGUCCCACAUCCCUAACUGGAUUGGGGAACUCCAUAACCUCCGGACCUUGUAUCUCACUGUUGAGAAGCUGGAUAAUGAUGGUUUUGGUAUUCUUGCGGAGUUACCAGCCCUCAUUGACUUGCAAUUAACGUUUGAUAGAGCCCUAGAAGAAACAAUUGCCAUUGAUGGGGCAGCAUUCGCAAUCCUAAAGCAGCUUCAUGUCAGCUGCAAGAACAUGCCCCACCUGACGUUCCAAACUGGGGCCAUGCCUAAGCUCCAGAGCCUCUCUAUGUGGCUGAAUGCCACAACUACAGGUAUCGAGCACUUGUUAGCACUUGAAAGAAUCGAUGUACGAAUCUCGAGUCGUACUGAAUCUGAACAUAGAAGCGCCGAGUCAGCCAUCAGGAGCAGUAUCAGCAUGCAUCCCAAUCAUGCUCGCAUUACAAUCAAUAUGAAGUUUUAUUUUGCAUGA